AUGGUAGACUUGCCAAGUCGCUACAGCCCCCCUUCCCCGCUGGAAGUCCCGGUUCUGGGCAGCCCGUUGUGUGGGGACCUCAUUCGGGAUAUAGAUGACCUGCAGGACCUCUCACAGUCCAUUGAAGACGACGCCCUCAGCUCCUUUGACGUCCCAGAGUACCAGUCAUCUGGUCCGGGUUCUGGGUCUGAGAGCUCCACUGUCAUAGAUGGCCUCACCCCUGCCUCCAGCCCCUCCUCAGGGGUAUUUGGGGCGGUAACAGGGCAGGAAGAGUUCUCCUCCACUUCUCUGACCCUGGAGUGUCGAGUGUGCGCAGACCGCGCUUCAGGCUACCACUAUGGAGUGCACGCCUGCGAGGGCUGUAAGGGUUUCUUCAGAAGGACGAUCCGGCUGAAGCUGGAGUACGACAAGUGUGAGCGCAGUUGCAAGAUCCAGAAGAAGAACCGCAACAAGUGCCAGUACUGCCGUUUCCAGAAGUGCCUGUCGGUAGGCAUGUCCCACAAUGCCAUCCGAUUCGGGAGAAUGCCCCAGUCGGAGAAGAUGAAGCUGAAGGCAGAGAUCCUGACCGUGGAGAAGGAGACGGAGAACCCGCAGCUGGCUGACCAGAAGACCCUAGCCAAGCAAAUCUACGAGGCCUACCUAAAGAACUUCAACAUGAACAAGUCAAAAGCGCGAGUCAUCCUGACGGGGAAGACCAGCACACCGCCCUUCGUCAUCCAUGACAUGGACACGCUACGCCUGGCAGAGCGCACCCUAGUGGCCAAGCUGGUGGGUGGUGUGGGCGGCCUGCAGAACAAGGAGGCAGAGGUACGCAUCUUCCACUGCUGCCAGUGCACCUCCGUGGAGACAGUUACUGAGCUGACUGAGUUCGCCAAGGCCGUGCCGGGCUUUUCCGUCCUGGACCUCAACGACCAGGUGACACUGCUCAAGUAUGGCGUCUACGAGGCCAUGUUUGCCAUGUUGGCCUCGUGCAUGAACAAGGACGGGCUGUUGGUUGCCUACGGUAAUGGCUUCAUCACGCGCGAGUUCCUCAAAAGCUUGCGGCGGCCCUUCAGCGACAUGAUGGAGCCCAAAUUCCAGUUUGCCAUGAAGUUCAAUGCCCUGGAGCUGGAUGACAGUGACCUGGCACUCUUUGUCGCCACCAUCAUCUGCUGUGGAGACCGCCCAGGUCUGGUGAAUGUGCAGUACAUCGAGCGACUUCAGGAGACCCUGGUUCAGGUGCUGCGCAGCCACCUGCAGACCAACCACCCCGAUGACGCCUUUCUGUUCCCCAAGCUGCUGCAGAAGCUGGCCGACCUGCGGCAGCUGGUGACUGAGCAUGCCCAGCUGGUGCAGGAGAUCAAGAAGACAGAGGACACCUCGCUGCACCCUUUGCUGCAGGAGAUCUACCGGGACAUGUACUGAGGAACAGGUGGUGCUGGGGGGUGAACCAGCCCACUCCAGCCUGCUGCAAAGUUCACGGGGGCAGACUGUGGAGGCUCCAGAGGAGCUGACAGGCUGCAGAGCUCAUCGGAACCUACGCAUCCACCUUCAGAAGGUGCACUACUCCAUGAGCGCUGAUUACCACAAUAUAAACAUUCACCUCAUGGUAGUACAUUGGCAACUCUUAUUGGGUUAAUGGCCCAUAUUCUUUUAAGCUAACUGAUUGCAGUACUGGUCUCACUUGCCCCGUCCCUCAGCUUCUUUCACAUUCUGUAUAAAUCGGUAGCAAUACAACGCGAGAGAGACCGGAGACAGGAAAGAGAUGAACUCAUGCACUGGAAGCACUCGCAUACCAAAGCGAUGCAGCGUUGAAUUUCUGAACGCUUUAUUCGCUGUGGUAUUCUUAUAAACCCCCCCCCCCCAUCCCUUUGGAUAUCUUAGUGGAUGAGUGUGUUCUUCUGGGGCCUUCCUGGGGAAAAAUCACAUGGUUCACAGUUUCUUUUAUUUAUCAUGAUUUCAUGUAUAUUUCAUUCGUAAAUGUUUCCAAUCCAAGUUCAGGUAAAUGUGAUUCACCAGUGCUCAAAAAACACUAAAACUAGAUUUAGGUAGUUCGUUUCAGCCUUCGGUAGCCUUGUGUAGAAACUCUCCGUUCACGUAGCACUGUCUUAAAACGGAAAAUGUCACGUGACCCAACAAACAGUAAAUCCACACUGUGUUGCUACAUAACUGGUAACAGUCAGUGGUCUUAGCGGUCAGCUUGGCAGUGCAACGUGUGUGAUACCAGGUGUUUUGGUCCCAGUUCCUUUUUCCCUCGUUCUCGCGUUUGGAUGGAGAUGCUGACUGGAUGGGUGACAUGGAAAGAGCCUUCAGGGGAAAGUUUCUUAACCAACUGGAUGUUUUUCAUCCCAGAAAGACUGUUUCCCAGCUACUGUAUUCAUGAUGAAAUCAAACUUAAAACAGACAUCAAAUUGUCCUAUUUCUAAUACCAAAUGGAAAUAGUUCAAUGCCUUGUCUUUGUAUAUAAGUGUCAGUUUAGUUCAACCUCGUUUUAUACAAACACAAUCCAAUCACUUGGCCCAUUAAUUUCAUAUUGUCCCGAUCAGAGCUGCUGUAACAAUGUUUAUCCUGCCUUGAACAGUUUGUUUCCACAACAAGGCAGCCAUAGCAACGCCAUUUUAAAGAAGCACCAUCGGUGAUCAUCUCCAGUAUCGUAGGAAAGAAGUAUCUCACAUUUUUGGUGUCUGACUAGUCUGUACCUCAGUAGAAAUGACCUGCCGACAUAUUUUGGAGGUUUGUUUUGACUCUAGUGUUUUAAGAGAUCAGGAACCUGUACUGGAGGUUUAGCACAGACGUUUGGGUGCCACUUGGUUUCUUGUCUGACCAGUUGGAAGGGGGGGGGGGGGGGGAAUGGGGCAGUUCAAGGAGUUUGUAAAUAUGAUCUUCAACUGCUAUUGGUUUAAUAGGGAAAUAUAACCAGGUGUGUUCUUGGUGAGAGGUAAACUGAAAUAGAGAUCCUGUUUUUAAAAGAUCUUUAAUAAAGGUUUAAUAGAUGUCUAAUAGGAAGGGAAGUUUGAUAAUGAUGUAAAAGAACCCAAAUGUGGUGGAGAACUAGGAGUAAGAUAUUAGCCUUGGGCUAUACCUGCCUUCAUCAUGACGAGUAACUCCUCAACGGUUCAGACAUGAAGGUUCUGUUUUACUCAUGGUCCAUAUUCAGAUUUUAUGGACCCAUUGCACUUGAUACCCUGUACAGUGUGACACUGGGGGCAGGUAAUUCAUCAAACGAUUCAUGAAUCCCUUUCAUUGGAAAAAGAACAGUGGUAUUAACUGAUACGUUGUAGGAUGAAUGGAAAACUCUUGCUCAUGCACUACAAAAUAAUAUAUUGAUUGUUGUAAUUACAUUCGAUCAUUUUUAUACUGAUUGUAAAAUAUCCAAGGUAACACUAAUAAAAUAUAUGCUAAAUGUGUAUGUAGGUUUGGAAUCAGAAGAUGUCUUUCUGUAGCCACAGUUAAGUAGGUUUUGGCCCCCUGAUAGAGUGACUGGAGUGAGGAUGGGGGUUGCCACAUCACCCGGAGUGAAACGGGGACCUCUCAAAACUGCAAGAGUGGUGCAGUUAAAGGUUUGUCCACCAGGGGCGCUUCAGAUCCCCACCUUCCACUGUCACUGCAAUGAAAUGUCUGUCCAUAGUACUCCUCUUGGAAGAGUGAAGUAAAUGCACAUUCACCCAUCCUUCGUAAUUCUGGAAAAUCCUGAAAUUUUGCCUCGUGUCUUUGUGGGAUUUAUAUGAACUGAUGUUGACUGGUGAUAUCAUCAUAGCCGGUAGGACAAGAUUGCAAUGACUGCGUUUUUUUUUUUUUCUUUGGAUUUUCAACAUUCUGGCCCACAUUAGUCAUGAAGGCGUGGUCGCACGCAGCGCUGACAGUAUUCCCAGGAGGAUGUGAAUCCGUCACAGAACCACAACAAAAUGUGGCAAGUCCAUUUACUUUGUUCUGGUAUCAGUCCAGAGCGCUGCAACUUAAAAGAUUUCUCUGUUUCUUGCAGUAAAAACUCCCGCAGCCAUGCCUGUACCAGAUUAUGAUAAUGAAAGGUGGACGUGUGGAACAUCACGAAUCUCUGAAUACCUGGUAUUCUAAUGUCGUCUUGUGUUAAUCUUAUGAGGUCACACUGCCCCCUGCUGGCUGUGUAAUGUAUCACUUAAGAAUCACCACUAAAGCUUCUCCUUAGCAACGGAAACCCAAAUAUGAAUGUUGACAUUCCCACUUUCAAAGCUCAUCACAGCUCUGAUGAGGACCUUUUCCUGAUUUAUGUUACUUUGGGGGGUGGGCUUUUGUUACCAUUUGUGCCUUAGGAAGCACAUGUGUGUGGUGUGGAGACACAGCAAAUGACAUAUGUGUCACUUUCCAGUAAGAAGAUAGGUGUCUGCACACAUGAUUAAGGGCAUGCCACAAAUCCUAUCAGCAGGUGUACAUAUCCAACCCAUCUAUUUCUGCAUUCUGAAAUCCUUUAAAACAUCUGCCGUGGAAGUCAGCACUUUCCAAGGUUCACCGAAGUCACUAAUCAGUGGGCCAAGCAGACAUACAACACUCUACAUCCAAAAUGCAGAACCGACAAGGUAUUUUGUAUCACUUUCUCUUGCCUCACUGUGUAUCAAUUUGUGUUUCACUGACAAGGGAUUUUAAAUAUGUAUCAGGGAAUAUGACGUCGUCUUCCUCAGUUUAUACUAGCUCAGGAUACUUUUGGGUACUGUUAUCAUUUCUGUUAGCAUAACCGUUAGCAUUCUCCUUAGGCUUCCCUCAGCCCCCCCCACCCCAAGGCAGCACUCAGCAUGAUGCAUUAAGUACUUGUCCUGAAUGUCCAAUCUAGUUCCUUACGUACUGACUAUCACCAGUAAUCAUAAAUACCCGGUGGGGCUGCAGUAAGCGAAACCACGACUAAUGAUUCUAUUUCAUGUUGGAGUUUCGUACCGUAAAUAGGAACAAUCCCUAAUGUUUCUUUUUUUUUCCAUUUUGGUAUUUCAUGCAGUGGUUUUCUAGCUAGCAGCCAUGAGAGGACUGCAACUCAGUCUGACCAAGUUGGUGUUAUUGAAUUGUAAUUAUGGACUAAUAAUAUUGUACAUGUUUGAUGAAUGUAUGUUUAGUCACUUAAACAACAGAUGAUUUGACAUUUAUGGAUUUAAAACAAUAAAACAUUGAAUUCUUA